CUUCAGCCAACAUCCUGAAGCGGGCCGCGCUCCACUCCAGCCUUCCUCUCCUCUCUCCUCCAGACCAAUGCAUGGACUCCAGCAGUGGCAGUGAGGAAAGCAACUUCUCAGAAGAGAGAUAAAUAGUGGGAGAAAAGUCUGCUAUUGGUUUCCUGGACUGAGCUGCACGUGCUGGCUGACUGUUGGAGUCACAAUAGGAGGCAAUCCUCUUUUCCUGUGUGUGUGUAUGUGUAUUUUUUUUUUUUUGUGUGUGUCUGCCUGAAGAGACGGAGCACGAACUGGGCUGAAGAAGACUUUUGGAUGCAACAGCACAGAGGAGGACCAGCCAACAGAGGAGAAGGGAAAGUGAUAAAACAGAGACAGGCGUGGCAGGAGUUGGACUGAGAAGACAGGAGGAAGACAGAGUCAGAUUCUUGAGGGACAAUUUAACAAGACAGAAAAAGAUAGCAAUACGGGAAACUCACCUGACCUACUUGUCUGCUCUGCCAGUUGGAGCAACCUCUUUCUUCCCCUCUCCUCCCUCCCUCCCCUCUCCAUCUCUUUCCUCUGACAUGGGCUGCCUGCUGGCCCUGGCCCUCGCCUACCUGGCCUACCUGCUGGCUGCAGUGAUGGGCUCGGAGCGCCAACAGCACCGCGUGCAGCACGGUCCCUGCAGCUACACCUUCAUCCUCCCCGAGGUGGAGCACUGCCAUCCCUUAAAGGACUUCCAGGUCACCAACACCCUCCAGAGGGACUCCCCGCCCGAGGCCGAGCCUGAUUUGAGCCAGUCCAGGCGAGGUAAGGCCCAAAAGGAGAGGCCUUCCUGGCAGGAGAGGAAGCUGGAGAGUCUGGAGAGUGCUAUGGAGAAUAACACCCAGUGGCUGCAGAAGCUGGAAAAUUUCAUCCAGGAGAAUGUGCGCUCAGGAAUGGAGGAAAUAAAGAGAAGUGCAGUACACACCCAGACAGCUGCCAUGCUCGAGAUGGGAACCAACCUGCUCAGCCAAUCAGCAGAGCAGACUCGCAAACUGACAGACGUUGAGACCCAGGUGUUAAACCAGACAAGUCGCCUGGAGAUCCAGCUGCUGGAGUACUCGCUCUUCACUAACCGGCUGGAGAAACAUAUUCUCCUGCAGACUCAGGAAAUCUCACGCCUCAGUGAUAAAAACAGUUUUCUGGAACAGAGGCUCCUGGCACUAGAGUCUCGGUACGGGAGGGAGCUACAGGGCUUGCAGAGCGAAAAGCAGCAGCUUCAAGAGCUUUUGGAGAGGCAGAGUCGACUGGUCAGUGAGCUCCAGGGUGAACUCAGCGGCUCCACGCUCAACAGCACCUUACUUCAGAGACAGCAGGCCGUGCUCACAGACACUGUUCAGCAGCUGCUGGGAAUGGUCAGCCACUGCAAUGAAAUCUCCAAUAUGCCCAAGGAGGAGUCUCUUAGCUUCAGGGACUGUGCAGAGAUCCUGAGAUCUGGAGUGACAGAGAGUGGAAUAUAUAGCAUACGCCUCCCUAACUCCACCCAGACUGUGAAGGUGUUCUGUGAUAUGAAGACUAGUGGUGGCGGGUGGACGGUGCUGCAGCAUCGAACAAACGGCUCCAUCAACUUCCACCGUGGGUGGAGGGACUACAAAAUGGGUUUUGGAGAUCCGUCUGGGGAACACUGGCUGGGGAAUGAUAUCAUCCACAAGCUGACCAGCUCCCAGGAAUACAGUCUGCAUGUCCAACUAAAAGACAGAGAGGGGAACGAGGCCUUCUCACAUUACGAUCGCUUCUACAUAAACGGAGAGGAUAAAAACUACAGCCUUCAUGCCGAGGGCUUCAGUGGCACAGCUGGACGGACCAGCAGUCUCACCCACACUGGCACCCAAUUCAGCACCAAGGACAGAGACAACGACCAAUGCACCUGCAAGUGUGCGCAGCUCGCAUCAGGAGGCUGGUGGUUUGAGGCUUGUGGCCCGUCCAACCUGAAUGGCAUAUAUUACCCUGCCUCAUCCAGUGUGGUUCGCUACAAUGGCAUUAAAUGGUACUACUGGAAGGGUCCAAACCUGAUGGCUACUAUGACAACCAUGAUGGUUCGCCCGGCAAACUUCUGAUGGCGUGCCACGUUCACGAUGUCAGAUUAUGAAGCGAAUGUCACCUCAAGUGAAUAUGAUGAACAACAACCAGGAAGUGGUAUAUUUUUGGAGGAAGUUAAAGUCAGCUUCUGGACAUUUUAGAGGCAUGCUUUAGCAACUGCCUGGGGACACAGACAGACUCUCAGCAAAUGAGUGUGGUUUUAGUGAAAUCCUGAACAAGGAAUUCCACUAACAAAAUCUAUUCACCAAGGUGCCCUGACUAUAUUUUAAUGAGGACUGUUCAGCUGAGAGAAGGAAGGAGACAGAGUGUAUGAACAUAACAGAUCAAAUCAAAUUAUGCAGUUACAUAUGACUGGUUACUAAAUCCCAAACUUAAUUAAAUUAAUAAAUGAAUUAACCUUUAGAAACACUUUAUAAUCGCACAUAUUUUAAUAUUAAAAUAUGAAAACUUGUGUGUUUGUCUAUUUGCUGCAAGGCAAUUUUUCAGGCAACACGUCAUGUAAACUGCAAAGAUUCACAGAUAGCUAUUUGUAUGGUUUACAGAAAUCAGCUCAUUAAGGUAAUGUUAAGGUAUUAUAUGGUAAGGUAAUACUGUGUACUUUAAAAGUCUUAAUUUCGCACUAAAUGCUUUGUUAACUCUGUGAUACGUGUAACGUCUGAUAUUAAGCCAUAAUUCUCCUAGGCAGUGUCCUGAUUGUAACUUUAUUCCUACAGACUGUAAAGCAUCACAGUACUUCUUAAAGACUGUAGUUCAAUUCAUACACAAUAUAAUGUGAGAUAACGUCCACUGACUUCGAUGGUUUACCACUGUUAAUAAAACAACAGCAUAAAGAACAGCAUCAGUAAAAGGCUUUGCCCUUUGCUGUAUCUUCCAAAAGGCUUCUCAGAAUGAAAUAUCCCCGAUUCUUUCCAGUCACACCUCUUAUAAAACUUUAUUUGUGAGAGAUUUCGCUCAUAAAAGUACAUCAUACGCUUUCACUGGUGUGAUUUACUUUCAAAAAUGAAACAUUUGUAAUAACAUCUGGGAACAAAGCUGUAAAUUGAUUUUUUUAUUUUGUUAAAACAAUAAAAUCAUAUAGUCUUUGGUGCCUAUAACCCACAGUGCCAGGUGCUUGUUUUCUAUGUAAGCUACAUAAACUUCAACAAGCCUCACAUGCUGGACUCGGGAAGUCAGAUGAGGACUGCCUUGCACCAUUGAUCUGAUGAAUCAUCCAAUAACGCUGGCCCCAGUGGUGCCCAUUAGAAAGCGGAUGGAUUUCACCUCGACUAACAGUGACCUGCAUCUGCCAGUAUACGCUGGGGACAGCAGCCGCCCCUAACUGGAAGACAACACACGAGGACGAUGGUUGGCUGUGUCUACAGUGUCUGCUAAUUGUUGUGCUUCAUUCGCUGAAGGACAGACAGACUGCACACUUAAAGAUCUCAUCUCCUCUGCCUAAUGCAACUCCCAAGUGUGAUACAUUUCUUACUGCUGCAAAUGUAAUACAACAGCAGAAAUGAGACAUUAAGCGUAAUGAACUGUGAGCCAGGUCUUUG